AUGGAAGCCAUAGCAUCAAUCACAACAAGGACUCUUACCCGGUCAUGUCCCGUUCGCGUCCGCAUAAACCAAGCUUGCAUAGCAUCGUCAUCCCAAAGCCAACCACAACCGCAAUGGCGACAUCGAAGAGGCUUCCAGACCAGCGCCAAGUUGUGGAAGGAAGUGCAGGCCCAGCGCAGCGCAUCGAAAGUCUACGCAUCUGCAGAUGAAGCGGUAGCAGAUAUUCAGUCGGGCUCGACUGUGCUCAGUGCGGGCUUUGGUCUGUGUGGAACGGCUGAGACCAUCAUCAAAGCUAUGCACAAGCGAGGACCGUCCAGCCUGCACUCCUUGACUGCCGUCUCGAACAAUGCCGGAACAGCCAUCGGCGGUGGUUUGAGCCCGCUCGUGGAGUCUGGCCAGGUCACCAAAGCCAUCUGCAGCUUCUUGGGCGGCAACAAGUCACUGGAGAAGAAGUACUUGACCGGCGAGGUGGCGAUCGAACUCACUCCACAAGGCACUCUAGCUGAGAAGCUACGGUGCGGUGGUGCGGGCAUCCCGGCCUUCUUCACCCCGACCGGCGUGAACACCCGCAUCCAAACCGGCGAGAUCCCCAUCAAGCUCAAAGGCGACCAGAUCAUUGAACCAGGCAAGCCCCGCGAAACCCGCAUCUUCGACGGCCGCGUCUACAACAUGGAGACCGCGAUCAAAGGCGACGUUGCCGUCCUCCGCGCUCACAAAGUUGACGAGGCCGGCAACUGCCAGUUCCGCUACACCACCAAGUCCUUCGCCCCGCUCAUGGCCAAAGCGGCCAAAAUCGCCAUCGUGGAAGCCGAGCACAUCGUGCCCCUCGGCGAGCUCAAACCCGACGACAUCGACCUCCCCGGCGUCUUCAUUGACCGCAUCGUCCAAGCCACCGAAGACAAAACCAUCGAGAUCAAGAAACUCCGCGACCCCAACGCCGACCCAGAAGCCGAAGCCAAAGAUAACCCAGCCCUGCAACGCCGCAACCGCAUCGCGAAGCGCGCCUCCAAGGAGCUGAAGCCAGGCAUGUAUGUCAACCUAGGCGUGGGCAUGCCCACCCUCGCCGCAGACUUCCUGCCACCCAACAGCAACGUCUGGAUCCAGAGCGAGAACGGCAUCAUGGGUAUGGGGCCGUACCCGACUUCCGAAGAACUUGACGCCGACAUCAUCAACGCCGGCAAGGAAACCGUCACUCUCGUCACCGGCGCCAGCACCUUCGACAGCUCCGAUUCCUUCGGCAUGAUCCGCGGCGGACACAUCAACGUCUCUAUGCUGGGCGCUUUGCAGGUAGGCGCGAACGGGGAUCUAGCGAACUACAUGAUUCCCGGGAAAGUUUUCAAGGGGAUGGGCGGGGCGAUGGAUUUGGUCAGCAAUCCCGACGCGACGAAGAUUGUGGUGUUGACGGAUCAUGUGGAUAAGAAUGGAAGGCCGAAGGUGGUGCAGAAUGUGUCGUUGCCAUUGACGGGAGCGAGGGUCGCUAGUACUAUCAUUACGGACUUGUGUGUUUUCCAGGUCGAUCGGGAGAAGGGCGAGUUGACGCUCACGGAGCUGACGCCGGGAGUGGAGUUGGAGGAGGUGAAGCAGAAGACGGGGGCGAAGUUUAAUGUGGCGGAGGGGUUGAAGGAGAUGGAGCAGUAG